UGAGGUUAUAAACUUAGUUUGGUGAAAACUAAAAGUAAUAUACCAAAAUGGUUUGUGAGAAAUGUGAGAAGAAGCUGGGCCGUGUGAUCACACCGGACCCUUGGAAGUCAGGAGCCAGGAACACAGUGGAAUCUGGAGGGAGGAAAGUUGGAGAAAAUAAGGCCCUUACUGCCAAGAAAGGGCGAUUCAAUCCUUACACUAGUAAAUUUCAAGAAUGCAGAAUCUGCAGAACCAAAGUCCACCAAGUUGGGUCACACUACUGCCAGGCCUGCGCCUACAAGAAGGGGAUAUGUGCUAUGUGCGGCAAAAAAAUAUUGGACACUAAGAACUAUAGACAGAGUUCUACAUAGAACCUUGUUUAGUUAGUUAAAAUAUUUACUGCUGUACUCAGAGUCAUUUAAUGAUUGCUUUACCCAGUUCUUACCAAU